AUGUUUCAGUUGCCAAUGCUGAAUUUCAGCCCCCAGCAAGUAGCGGGGGUGUGUGAGACUCUGGAGGAAAGCGGCGACAUCGAGCGCCUCGGUCGGUUCCUGUGGUCGCUGCCUGUGGCGCCCGCUGCCUGUGAGGUACUAAACCGGAACGAGUCGGUGCUGCGAGCGCGCGCCAUCGUGGCCUUCCACACUGGCAACUUCCGCGAGCUUUACCACAUCGUGGAGAACCACAAAUUCACCAAAGACUCUCAUUCGAAAUUGCAAGCGCUGUGGCUUGAGUCGCACUACCGGGAAGCGGAAAAGCUCCGGGGCCGCCCGCUAGGGCCGGUAGACAAAUACAGGGUGCGGAAGAAGUUUCCACUCCCCAAAACUAUUUGGGACGGAGAACAAAAGACGCACUGCUUCAAAGAAAGGACCAGACAUUUGCUGCGGGAAUGGUAUCUGCAGGACCCUUAUCCCAACCCCAGCAAAAAGAGGGAGCUUGCACAAGCCACUGGACUUACUCCUACUCAAGUGGGCAACUGGUUUAAAAACCGAAGACAAAGGGACAGAGCAGCAGCCGCGAAGAACAGGUUACAACAGCAGGUGUUGACUAACGGCUCGGUUACGGCGGAGGACGGCGCAGCGGAUCGGCUCGGUAACGCGUCCAGCCCGGAAGCCGGUCUGUCAAGCCAAGCUGCUGCUUCCGCCAUCUCCAUCACGUCGAGUGACAGCGAAUGUGACAUCUAA